CUUCCCAAGGCCAGAAGACAAGUUUUCAAGCUCUUUGGUUGGUUGAUUUCUGGUUAGUCCUACCCCAGGGCCUUACAUAAGUGCCUUUGUGUAGGACUGGAUUUGCAUAAACAGAGGGGCAUUAACUGCAUCCUUACUCUGUUCUUUGCACUGACUCUACAGGAUUGGGGUGAUGAGAAUUUAGACUUCAAGGAAUAUUGCAAAGUAUUUUGUUCUGUUUCAUGUUAUCACCUGAGUGAAGGUUGUCAAGUUCUAAGAAAAGCAGACAUGAGUUUGUCUUCAAGAAGAGUGACGUUGCCUGCAGUAAUGCCAAUAACUCUGCAGAAACGGGUAAUUAAAGUGUACAGUGAAGAUGACAGUAGCAAAACUCUGGAAAUCCCAAGUGAUAUAACAGCCAGGGAUGUAUGUCAGCUGUUGAUAUUGAAGAACCACUAUAUUGAUGAUCACAACUGGACACUGUUUGAAGAACUUACUCAUACAGGCUUAGGUAAGACAUUCUGUACAACAGUACAGUAAAUGACAGUAAAUAAA